AGGAGGGCUGCACGGUAGAGAGUGGUCAGGCAUCAACAUGUUGCUUUUCGUCCGGUGAAGCCCAACACGAUACACCAUUGCGAGUGCAGUGAAUGAGCCUGGCCUUUGGUGAACAUGAUUAUUCUGACGAAGCUGGAGUCUAUGGUCUUGAGCAGGCAGUCAUGUGCCUUGAGUGCUGUGCCCUGUCACUUUUCGGCCGAGAUCUGGGUAUCGUCGUCCGUUUCGAGACACCGAGAAGCUCUUGUUGAAACCAGUCUUGGCGCAUCAAGGAUUCAAGACGCUGAUCUGAAGCUGGCGCCAGGCAGAGGACCCCGAGGCGAGGCGAGACAGGUCAUUUCCAUGUCAAGGUCAGUCGACCACCAAGGCUCCAUGUACGGAUACGUGCAGACACUUUGCUUAUACUUGUACGUACUUUAUAUGCAAACCUUCCUCUCGCUCACGGCGCUUCUCGGGGUUGACCGAACGCGAGCACGUUCUGGAGUGUCACCAAAACGUGGAAAGCCAUGCACCGGCCCUGCUGUGGAACAGAUACACGACGUUUCUUGGAAAUAUCACCGCAUGUCCUGACUGUGCCACAGCGUGUUGAGCGGUCAUUCGCUCCAACUUGAUCCUCGUACUGUUGUUGAACGGGCUCCGCUUGACGGUCCGACGCUAGCUCAAAGCAUUUCUGCAACAGGCGUGUCAAGAAGGAACGCCCAU